AUGAUCAGGAUGGUGGGCUGGGACAGGCCCCACGAGCCGAGGCGGCAGAAGAAGCAGGGUAGAGAGAGAGAAGGAAAAGACGAGGAGGAGCUACCAGACUUUAACACGGACUUUGUUAACGAAGCCGGUAAGCUUGUCCCACUCAUUCCUCACUCCCUCAACCCUGACACUCCACGCCAGACAUCGCCGCCUUCGAAAAGGCCGUCAACGCACCCGACGCCACGGACGAAGACUUCAUCACGGCCCUGAACGACUGGAAGCCGAUCCACCAGCGGAUCCGGCGAAAGCGGCCGAAGAAGCAGCCCAGGAGAGGGAAGGACGAGACGAGGGAAGGCUUCGUCUACCAACUGCUCAAAUGGCCGUUAUUGGCGAUUGUGUUUGCCUGGAUCCUUAUCCUUUCGUGGGUCUCCCCCGCUUUCCCCAAGUGCUUACUUGCUUACUUGACCCGGGGUAUUAUCAGAAUCCUCUACAUCAUGACCCGCUUCUACAUCUCCCAAUACGAGUACUGGAUAACCUGGCGCGGGCGACGAGAGCGCCUUCGCCGGAAAUUACGCUCGACAAAGAAUUACGAGGAGUGGAAACUUGCGGCCAAGGAGCUGGAUAGCUAUCUCGGCGCUGACACUUGGAAGGCCGAAGAUGCGUUUGCCUACUAUGACUACUCGACGAUAAGGAAGGCUGUGGCAAACCUAUGGCGUCUUCGACAGAAAGCCGAGGAAGAGGAACGAGCCCGGAGCAUGGCGGACGGGAAUAGUCAGCCAAACUCGGAGGAGAGGAAUGGUUGUGUUAAUGGCGGCGAAGGCACGACCAGCAAGAAUAGAGCUGUGGAUGAGCUUAGGGAGCUCGUGAAGGCUUGCGUUAAGAGUAACUUUGCCGGGAUCGAGAGCUUCAGGAUGUACUCGCAGACGUAUUAUGGGACCAAGGAUCGAGUGCAGGAGUUUAUUCGAGAAGGUAUGGUUGGACCAUUGCGCAUGCCAUCCGUUUAUAAGGUUCUAAUAUUGAGUAGUUGAGAAGAGCUUAAAAUUCUUGCUCGAGACCAAUUCCUUGGAUAUGGAGGAGAAGAGAGCGAUGUUCAAGCAUCUGUCCAGCAACUAUGGGCGAACGGCUUUGUGCCUCUCUGGCGGUGCCAGCUUUGCGUAUAUUGCCCUUGCUUAGGUACUUGCCCACGAAUCAUCACUUACGAAGCUCCUCUAGCUAUUAUCAUUUUGGUGUCGUAAAGGCACACCUAGAUGCCGACCUCCUGCCAACCGUCAUCACAGGGACGUCCGGGGGAGCGCUUGUCGCCGCCCUAGUCUGCACUCGAACGGGCGAGGAACUAAAGAAGUUACUGGUCCCAGCGCUGGCCCAAAAAAUCACUGCAUGCCAUGAUGAUAUGUUUGUACGCUCUAUCUCCUUCCCCCCCUCCCCUACAAUCACUAACAAAGGCAUACAGACCUGGCUCCGCCGCUGGUGGAAGACCGGUGCGCGCUUCGACAGCGUAGACUGGGCCCGACGCCUCUGCUGGUUCACGCGUGGAAGCCUAACCUUCAAAGAAGCCUAUGAACGCACGGGACGAAUCCUAAACAUCUCCUGCAUACCCUCCGAUCCCCACUCGUUCGUCCCCCCCCCCCGUCCCCUCCCAAUAUACCAACCAAACUAACAUACCCUCCCCUCCCAUAUAGACCCUCCCUCCUCCUAAACUACCUCACAGCGCCAGACUGCUGCAUCUUCUCCGCAGUUCUCGCCUCCGCCGCCGUCCCGGGCAUCCUCAACCCCGUAGUCCUGAUGACCAAAACCCCGCAUCACCCCUUCACAAUAACCCCCUUCUCCUUCGGCCACAAAUGGAAAGACGGCUCGCUCCGCACGGACAUCCCACUCCGCGCACUAAACACGUACUUCAACGUAACCUUCAGCAUAGUCUCGCAAGUAAACCCGCACGUGAACAUCUUCUUCUUCUCGCCCCGCGGCUCGGUCGGCCGUCCGGUGACCCACCGGAAAGGGAAAGGUUGGCGCGGGGGAUUCUUGGGUUCCGCGUUAGAGCAAUACCUAAAACUCGACAUGGCGAAAUGGCUAAAAGUCCUCCGACACUUGGAGCUAUUGCCCAGACCGCUAAGUCAGGACUGGAGCAGCGUUUUCCUGCAAAAGUUCGACGGGAACAUCACAAUCUGGCCGAGAACGAGGAUGAGCGAUUUCUGGUAUAUACUCUCUGACCCGACGGUGGAGAGGUUGCGCAGGAUGCUGGAGGUGGGGCAGAGGUGUACCUUUCCGAAAUUGGAGUUCGUCAGGAAUAGGCUGGUGGUCGAGAGGGCUGUCGAGCGGGGACGGAGGGUCACGCGUGGCGCGGGGAAGACUGAACCCGUCGCUAGGAGUCGAGCGCGGGGGAGGAAACCACCACUUCUUCCUCUCGCUCCUCCUCCCUGUCCCCCUCCCCCUCCUCCCGGGGAUCGGGGGAAGAAAAACUUCAAAUGGUUCCCCUGGUCCCCCACCGAGCUCUCAACCAACUUGGACGGAAACCGCAGCAGCACCAACGUACUAGAGGAAAUGGGGAACCAAGGCAGGGUCUUUUUCGAUGAUGACUACGGUGGGAGCAGUGGAAGUGUUACUAGUGAUGAGGAAGUGGUGGAGAAGUUUGGAGCUGCCGGAGCUGCUGGUGGGGGGGAUUUGAUGAGUACAGAAAAAUAG